AUGGCCCACGAAACCCUAUUUGCAGCUGCGGGAAGCCCCUCAGCGAGCCUACCGCCGCCCAUCCAUGGUUCACCUCCGAGCGCCCAAGCUCCAGGUGCCACAAACAGCGUCACCCCUCAGCAGCAACAACGACGGCAACAACAACAGCAACAACAACCACUGCACAGUAUCACCAAUAGACUACCCUCGUCCGCCUACAGCACCCAUUGGCAACCUCAACCGCCAAAAAUAUACACACCUCUAAACCAUUACAACAACCUUUCGCUGCCAGAUGAGUUCUGGUCGUCUCCUGCCAAGCGCCAUCGUCUCCACCACCACCGACACCCGCUGCGCCAUCGUGACCACGACCAGCAACCACUGCAGCAGCAACGUGACUGUCUAGCACAAAAAGGGGACCGUGACAGAGCUGGAAGUCCCGAGAAACGCAAGCAUCGCCAUAGUAAACACCAUGUGUCGCGGGAUACAAGGUUGCCCAAAUCUAUGAGGGAACAUGCAAAUAUGAGUUUACGACCUGGAAAAUAUGUGCAUAGGGAAAGAGGACGGGGUGGUACGAGCGAGAUUGUUGUUGCUGCUGCUGCUACUACUACUACUACUACCACGUCUACUACACCUCAGUCUGAGACAAGUGGACAAGAUGGUAGUGAUAGUGGCGUUGCACAGGGGCCGCUGUUAAUUGGGAAGCGGAGAGAGAAUGUCACAAUGGGAGAAGUAAGAAGGGAGACGAUGCGGAGGAUGAAGGAGGAAGAAGCAAACCGCGCCUCCCUCUCCGUCCUCGCCAUCCGCACCGCAGACAUAAACCGCUGCCUCGACACAACCUACUACAACCUCCUCGAAAAGAUCUCAAACCUCCACCACUCAAUCUACUCCUUCCACGACCUCGCCAACGCCGCCUCAACCCUCCACACAGGCUUCACGCACGAAACCGACAACCUAGACCGCGAUGCACGCAAGCAGAUUGACGAUUUCCAGGGCUUCGCUGCGCAGGUGCGGCGCAUCGAGUCCCUGGAGGCACGCAUGCGUGCCAGCUCCCAGAUGGCUGCCGAGCUCAGUGGACGUAUGGAAAUUGUUAGGCGGCAGAUUGAGGAAUGGGAUCGGCGAGAGAUUGAGUGGCAGGCGCGGGUGGGGAGGCGGUUGCGGAUCUUUUGGGCUUUUGUGGUUACGGCCCUUGUGGUGGCUGUGGUGGCGUGGGUGGUUGGGCAGGUUAGGGCGUUUCCAGUGACGGCGGGGGAAGGGGUUGUGGAUUUAAACGUGAAAAAGGGGUUGGGGACGCUAGAAAUUGGUCCGCUGUAA